CUCUAGUGUUGUUAAAGGCACUACUUUUGUUCUAAAAACACCUUCUUCGGAGAUAUGCGUUAGCAGUCAAAGGCUUUCGUGUUUGCUCAUAGUGAAAAAUGUUGGCACGCAACACCCCUCAAUAACCAUCUCCAUAUCUCUGCAUUGGCUUCCAUACCGACUGGUUGAGAGUAUCUGCGCACAUUGAAUGCAAGCACAUUAGGUUUAAUUGUGGGAUCGGAGACCACUAUCUUCCGACUUUCUGCGGAUCCCACAACUCGGUAGUUGACCCUGGCAUUGUUGUGCUCCUCAUUUUCCCCUCUCGCAAUAAAUAGUAUAUUCAAUUCUUUACCCAUUCCAUUCGCCUCAUACUAAUCUAACAAAUCCGUAAUGGCAUCUCAACUUAACCAUCCGAUCUUGGGUAAGAUCCAGGGAAACUUGAAAGACAACGUUGUUCAAUUCCUUGGUAUCAAAUAUGCCUCUCUCAAGGACCGAUUCUCACCAAGCGAGGUCUUCGAUCACAGCGGAGCGAACGUGAUAGAUGCUACAAAGCCAGGGUGAGACAGCCAUUAGCAUAAAAGACAUUCCUAAUAGAUCUGUAGGCCUUCUGUGAUAUCUCCACCAAUAUGGGACCAGGAAUUCGGAAUAAUCCAAAAGUCUCUCCCCAUGCCCGAGAUGAGAAUGUCAGAGCUGGAUGGAUUGAAUCUCAAUGUCUCUGUACCUUUAAUCAAUGGGAAAUUUCCCAGCCCGGAGCAAAAGAUACCAGUUUUCAUGUUCAUCCAUGGAGGGGGUUUCGCGCUGGGCUCAAAUGCUUGGCCACAGUAUGAUCAAGCACGUAUUGUGAAGAUGUCAGCAGAAAUCGGGAUGCCUAUCAUCGGAGUCGGUAUCAAUUACCGACUUGGUUUGCCAGGCUUUCUCACUUCGGAAGAAAUGAGAAAGGAAGGGUAUGUUGCCAAUAAUGGCCUGAAAGAUCAAGUCACUGCUCUCCACUGGAUCAAAAAAUAUAUCGGAGGAUUCGGGGGUGACCCAGGAAGCGUUACGGUCGGUGGUGAAAGUGCUGGAUCAGCGUCCGGGAAUCUGCUCCUUCAUUCGGUCGAGCCACUGUUCAAACGCUAUAUGAGCAUGUCCGGCACCUCACUCAUGAUAAAAUCACUCCCUCCACCAGUCUCAGAGUUCGCUUAUUCCUCUGUGAUCGAUAUCCUCGGGUUGAGGGAGCUUUCUGGUCCAGAGCGUAUCAAAGCUCUCUUGGAAUUGCCGGUCGGGAAGCUGCUCAGCGUUCCACCAACCAUCCCUCUCCUGCCAGUUAUAGACGGCGAUCUGAUUCGAAAUGCUGUGGAUUUCGCUCACGUGAGCUCCAAAGAAGAUUCCCCUGAGUUGGACAUGCCCGGUAGGAAGUGGUGUCAAGAUCUCCUCAUUGGAGACUGUCAAUUUGACGGAUCCAUCGGAACAUUCUUGCUCGGUCCGAAAGUUAAUAACAUAGCAAAAGGAUUUUGCGAAUCUAUCGACAAAACACUUGCCAACUAUCCUUCAGCAGCGGACAAGGUUCGCCAUGCUUAUCACAUCACACCGGACCUUCCUGAUAACGUCGCUUUUCGCAAUGUCCUGCAGUUUCAGACUGAUAUCGGUUUCUAUGCAACAGCUCUGGCAUACGCUCAAGGGUGGCCAGGGAGCGCUUAUCUUUACCACUUCAACGAGCCGAACCCAUGGGAUGGGCCGUGGAAAGGAGAAGCUAAUCAUGUUCUGGACGUUGCUUUCUUAUUCCAGAAUUACAAUGAGCAUCUGGAGCCUGAACAAAGGGCUGUAGCUGUGAAAUUCGCAGAAGAUGUCAUCAAAUUCGUCAAUGGUGCUUCCGACUGGAAGCCUUACGGGGAAGUGGUUGGAGCUCGGGUUUACGGUCCUAGUAAAGACGGACUCUGUGGUACCUAUGUGAAAGGUACCUCCCAAGCUGGUUCAGGGAGGAAGAGUACGAUCUUUGAGCUUGCAGAGGAAUUUGGGCUGGAGCCUCUGUCGGCUGCCUGGGGAAAUUUCAUGGCAGGCAAAUAAAUGACCAGGAGGAUGGAUCGAAGUCUCAGACACAGAAUCAGCAUCGAAAAUGGAAUAGACGUUCCCAAGAAAAAUCAUUUGCAGUUGGGUUACGCAACAUGCUCGAUUGCCAAGCUAAGCGAAAAGUAUAAACUUCGUCGUUUUGCAUAUCUUGCAAAUUAUUUGUUGUGCAUAAGGCAUACGAGCUCUGCGGCUAUGCUUGCCCAUGCAGUGGAUUCGUUUUGGGGUAAGCAGAACAUACUUGGGUAUUGCUAUUUUGCUCGUGUGACUAUGUGAUUGGUCACGUAUAACCACAUAUACGGCUACGUUCCUGCACAUGUUGACAGCAGAUCCAAUAUAAUACGCAGUGAAACGUCGGUAAGACUCUGCCGAGUGAUUUGUUAAUUAUUCGUAAGAGAGGACGCGAGUCGAGUUUAGCUGCUUUGUGAGAAUGUUGUAAGAUAAAAAUACCCCACUCGGCAGAGAAUACCCCACCAAGGCCGCUGAAAGUACCCCGCAGAUCAGAGUUUCCAGGGAUCGGGUUUCCACACGUCCCGGUAUUAGAACUAGGACCACCUUGACUUUUGACAUGCUCGG